UAUUAACGCACAAAAUUAAUUUCUUCCCAAAAUCAUCUACUUCCGAUAUAAUUUAUAAAGUGUUUUCGUACUAUGUUAAAAGCAGCCUUCAAUAAAUGUCCUACUUGGCUUGAAAAUACAAUUAUAUCCACAUACUACAAGGCGAGAAGUUUGACAGCAAACAGUCGUAGAUUUUUGCCACAAUUAAUUCAACAGAGUGACAUGAAGGUUUUAAUUCUCCCAGCUUUACAGGAUAAUUACAUGUACCUCAUAAUUGAUGAGGUAUCGAAGGAAGCGGCAAUUGUUGAUCCCGUUGAUCCUGACACGGUUGUCUCGGCAGUUAAAGAGCACAGUGUUAAUUUAACAAAAGUCUUGACAACCCAUCAUCAUUGGGAUCAUGCUGGCGGUAAUGAGAAAUUAUUCAAAAUGGUGAACAAUCUUAAAGUUUACGGUGGAGACGAGAGAAUUGGCGCACUGACGGAUAAAGUGAAAAACGGUGAUAAAAUUGAUAUUGGAAAUUUAAAUGUCAAGUGCCUUUUUACUCCUUGUCACACGAGUGGUCAUAUUUGUUAUUAUGUCACUGGUAAUGGAGAUUCACCAGCUGUUUUUACUGGUGACACGUUAUUCGCAGGCGGAUGCGGGAGAUUUUUCGAGGGAACUGCCGAUCAAAUGUAUGAGGCACUUAUCGAAACUUUAGGAAAAUUGCCCUCGGAAACGAAAGUCUAUUGCGGUCAUGAAUAUACAGCUGCAAAUUUGAUGUUCGCCCAACACGUUGAGCCGAAUAAUGAAGAAAUUAAGAAAAAAAUUGAAAAAGUUGCUGAUUUGCGUAAAAAUCAAAUUCCAUCGGUUCCAAGUUCCAUUGCUGAGGAGAAAUUGACAAAUCCAUUUAUGAGAGUUCUGGAAACGAGUGUCAUGGAACAUGCCAAAACAAAUGAUCCUAUCGAAACAAUGGCUGCCAUUCGCAAAGAGAAGGACAACUUUAAAUGUUAGUUGAUAAAAAAUACAAUUAUUUUUUUUACUAUA